UAUUGUUAUUUGAUUACCCCGCCUUCACCUUCAACAUCAAUCUUUAGACCCUACUGACCUAAUUAUAUAUAAUUUAUUACCCAUACAGGUGCAUCUUAAGUCGCCCUUUUCUCUUCUUUGCUCGCUCUAGGCUUCACUUUGCCUCAGCAGGUCAUCGUCUCAGCCAUGGCCGUUGAUCAAGACGAGGUCAUCGCCUCAGACACGGCCGUUGAUCAAGACGAGGUCAUCGGUGGCAAGAACAAUUUCUGGCUCUACUCCAAAGUCACGGGAUUCGAUCUGACACAUCCUGCAACGCCUUCUUCACCUCCAAUCUACCCUCGCAUCCCUCUGCAGACAACCCAAGCCGAUAUAGCAGUCGAUCCAGCGAAGACAGCUCUCGUGGUAGUCGACCUUCAAAACUACUUUCUCUCCCCACUCCUCGGCCGUCCCAAGGAAGGGAUAGGUAUGGAACUCGUGGACAGGCUUCUGAAGCAGGCGAUUCCCGCGUGCAGAAAGGCGGGUAUACCUAUCGUUUGGCUCGGCUGGGGCUUGACGCAGGACGACAUAGAUGGAAUGCCGCCGACUAUAGUCAAAGGAUUCGCAGCCGACACCAACUUCAAGGGACCACGCAAGGUGGGCUCCCUAGGCUCCGAAAUUGGGCCUUUGGAGUGCCAUGACGGCACCACCAUCGACGGCGGCCGGGUUCUGAUGCGAGGUUCAUGGAACGCUGCGUUUUAUUCGCUUCUGGCGGACGUGGCCGAGCCAGGUGACAUUUGGGUUUCGAAGAAUCGCUUGUCCGGGUUCUGGGGAGGCACCGGCAUCGAGGAGAUUCUGGAGGAACGCGGCAUCAGGACGCUGCUCUUUUCAGGAGCGAACACGGAUCAGUGUGUCGGCGGCAGCCUUCAAGAUGCCUUUACCAAGGGCUGGGACUGUCUUAUGCUGAAGGAUGGGUGUGUCACGACGAGCCCGGAGUACGCCAGGAGGUGCAUCGAAUAUAAUUGCGAGGGGGGUUGGGGGUUCUUGCUGACUUGUGACCAAUUUGUUCAAGGCGUGAAUAAUACCCUGCAUUCGCCUGCGGACUCUUAAGAUAGCACCUACAUGAGCCUAUAGUGCCCCUAUUCACUCAUACUGUUAUUGAGCAGCCAGACUACAUGAAUGUGAAGGUAUAGAUGCAUAUCUUUUAUAAAGCAAAUUUCUCCCCAGUUAUCAGACUUUAGAGGGAUCUGAUGUAGGAAUGUGGAGAGUAUCCCACAAUAACGCCAGAGGGCUUACGAUUCCCUGCCCGAGAAUGAAGCCCGUUGCGCAACACAGCAAAGACAUGUCCUUGAACCCCAGGUGUCUACGGCCGACGAUCAUGAUAAGGCUGCCGAGAGCUCGAGGCAGGGUUAUCGAUGGGACAAUGUACAUACCUGAGAAACAGUCAGUCGCGGGAGCAUGUGUCUAGUAUAAAGAUGAACAACUUCUUACCUAUUGCCAUAGCUAUACCG